UAUCGGUGUAGGAAAGGACACGCGCGCACACGCACACACACAAACACACACACACAAACACACACAAACACACAUGCAUACAUUACGCAUUCCCUUCAGGCCUAAAAUGUUAUGAAUACACCAUCUUGCACAGAAAUCACUCGGACUUAAGGCAAUGUCUAGAUGUCUUAAGGAUUUCUGUGGGGGUUAAAGGAGGAGACACAAGUUGGCCAACAUGCGUAACGGGUCGCUGACGCGUAAGCGGCGCUCUUAUGGAAUAUAGCUUGCUGUUUUGUCAAACAUCCUGCGCUGUUUCUUUUCACCUGGGAAAAAGUAGACUGUUGUUUGCGUGCAUCAUGCUGACACUUUGGGCGUACAUGCUUUAUUGCUGCGUUGGUUAUUGCGCUUCAGUGCCCAGAUUCACGGUGGACUCGGUUGGGAUGAGGACGAACCCGGAGACUGCUGUGGACUCCUUUAUCAGCGCAGGGACGCGAAGGGACAUUUACGCGAAAGCGCACUCGAGGGACCUGUUAAACAACGAAAACGAGCUGGACAGCAGAGCAAAUGAGUGGGAUGAGAGCAAGGCUGAGCUAAGGGUUGUGGAAGAGGGGACAGAACCGGCGACAGGUGCCUACAAUGGGACAGAGACGAAGAAACUGCCCCAAGCUAUCAUCAUCGGGGUGAAAAAGGGCGGCACGCGCGCGCUGCUCGAGUUCCUGCGUGCGCACCCUGACAUCAGGGCUGUGGGCGCAGAGCCACACUUCUUUGACCGGAACUACGAUAAAGGGCUCGAGUGGUACAGAGAGCUGAUGCCUAAGACUAUAAGGGGGCAAAUCACCAUGGAAAAGACCCCCAGCUACUUUGUGACCAAGGAGGUCCCAGGUCGCAUCUAUGCCAUGUCGAAGGACACUAAGCUGAUUGUGGUGGUGCGGGACCCAGUUACGCGAGCCAUCUCAGACUACACUCAAACACGUUCCAAGAAACCUGACAUACCCUCCUUUGAGAGCCUGACCUUCAAGAAUGCAUCAACAGGCGUGAUUGAUGCCACAUGGAGUGCCUUGCAGAUCGGUAUGUAUGCCCGGCACCUGAAGCGCUGGCUGCAGUUUUUCCCACUCAGUCAGAUCCUGUUUGUGAGUGGUGAACGACUAAUCACUGACCCAGCUGGUGAGAUGGCACGUGUGCAGGACUUCCUGCACUUGAGGAGAUUGGUCACUGAGAAACACUUCCACUUCAAUCCAGCCAAGGGCUUCCCAUGCCUGAAGAAGCCAUCAAGCAACAGCAAGCCCCACUGCCUGGGCAAAACCAAAGGACGCACACAUCCAAACAUCCACCCCACCGUGGUGCAUCAACUGCAAGACUUCUACAAGCCAUUUAACAAAAGGUUUUACCUCAUGACUGGGCAAGAUUUUGGUUGGGGUUGACAAAUGACACUUUGUAAAAGAUUUUAUUUGUGUAAAAAAUCAGAAGUCUAUUUUAUGAUAAUUUAUUGCUGUCAUUCCAUUUUUAUGGAAAUUGGUGAACUUAUUAUUUAAUAGGUUUGAGUAAUUGCAUUACCAAAUUGAGUACUUUGUAGUGAAUGACCAAUAGGAAUUCAAAUGAGGAGAAAUGUCCCCAAAAGGAAUACAAAAGCACAAUGAAAUUAGUAACGGGUAAGCAGUGAGCCAGUCUUUUGCAGAGAAAAUGUUCUUUUUCUUUAGUCCAUCCAUCAAGCAAUAACAUCUCUUUCAGUGUCCAUACAAUUCGUAUGCUUAGAAGCCUUGCAUUCCAGAGCCUAAUCAAAUUCUUCCAGGAGACCAUUAUCCCAUAAUUCCUUCUCAUCAUUUGAUUAAUCUUACAGAAUGGAUCUUUUAGGUUGGGUCACUUUUGGGCGCCAGCUGAUCCACCACUAAUUCAGGUUGACCAAUACACUAAAUGAUAACACCAAAGCUCUAGGAAAAAAAAACAGUCAUUAUAUUUAUUAAACCCUGGAAGGAAUUCAUAGCACAACAGUGCUUAAUGUGCUUAUGGAAUAUAAUUUUUAUGAUUAUAUUUUUAUAAGUGAAAAUUUUUACCUGAUGUCUGGGAAAUACUGAGAAUUUAAUGUAGGUCUAAUGUUGCCAAAAGGUGCAAACCCUUUGAUCAGGGAGUAAACAAAUGCUCAAUACUCAAAUACUCCACAAGCAAGUGUUUCUUACUUAAGAGUACAUGUUUUAGUGUCAUGUCCUUGGUAUUUUGUUAGAGAACAGAAUUGGGAGGACAGAUACUCCCAAAUUCUUUGGCAGAGAAGAGCAGGACCAUUAGACCUAUUUGGAUGACCUCAGAAAUGGUCUUUGGGACUAAACAAAAUAAAUAAAUAAACUGAAAUGCUGAUUAAGCCAUGUUUGUCCUAAACAUAAACGGUUUGAUUCAAGGAAAUCAGAGGACAUGGUUUAAAUUCUUUGGCGGAAAAUCGUAUCAUGGAUUUUGUUAUUUCAUACACAAUGUAUUUUCAAUAGUUAUGUUAUCAGAGAAACGCCAUGAUGUUUAAGCCAUAAGUUAUAUUAUCAGGCAAAGCAAAAAAAGGAAAAAGUUAAAAAUAUAGUUGGUUGAGUUUUAUUCAACCCUAAUAAAGAUAUUUUCUCUUCUUAUGGCUUUCCAGAGUAAGCUGGUCAAAUCAAAUACUAUUGUGGUAUUGAAAUGUUGUUUUCUUUAACCUCACUCUCUGUCAGGAGGUUGAGACCAUGAAUACUUUAUGAUACAGUAUUCUUCUGCAAUGAUAAAAUAAAUCUAUUUUACCAAAA